AUGGGAAGCGCUCAGGCUGGCGACAUCGAGCACGGCUUGACUCCGCGUUUCUCAUCAAGCUCUAACCGCGCCCCUCGUCCUCCCACUCCCACUAAACCGUCGCAGUACUUGGCACUCGAGUCCAGCGAUGCCAAGCACUCGCUGCGUGAACAAUGGGACGAGAGUGUUGGUCAAGGUGUCCGCAGACUUGCUCGCACCGUCCGCCAGCGUGCACAUGCCCCGCAAGUGUCGACGGCCGAGGUGAUGGGCAAGCUCCGUCGCGACGUCAAGGACUCGACGCGCUUCUAUUGGCAGAAUCUGCUGGUCUUUCAACGCGAGAUGCUCUGUGGCGUGGCUGCCAUGCUGCUCAUGAUCCCAGAGACAGUCGCUUUCAGCUACGUGGCCAAUCUGGACCCGCUCAACGGUCUGUACGCUACGGGCUUCCUCGGUGUAACCGUGGGCCUGUUCGGUGGCGUCCCGGCCACGGUCGCUGGUGCUGCAGGUGCUGUGGCAAUGGUGAUGCCGACUAUCACAAGUAGCACAGGCUCGUUGCCCAAUUUAACGUACGAAGAGCGCUUGCAACAUCUUUUCGUGGCCGUGACCAUUGCAGGUAUACUGGAACUUCUCUUCGGUCUACUCAAACUGUCGAAGCUCUUUUCGAUGAUCCCUCGAACGGCACACAUUGGCUUCUUGAACGGGCUGGCCUUGAUGAUGUUCAUCUCGCAGAAAACGACCAUUGAGGUGUGCAAGAACGACACGAUGCGCUUUGGAGAGUGUGAGAUUGCGGGCGACCUCAAGUGGAUGAGUGUGUCAUCGCCCACGACGUGGGUUACCAUCGCUCUGGUGUUGGUGACGAUGGCCAUCAUGCAUUUCUUUCCCAGAACGCCGUACAUUGGCCACUUGAUCCCACCCACGCUGGUCACAGCUGUGAUCGGCGUCGGGUUUGAGUUUGGUAUCAACCGUCCGCUGCUUGGCUACGACGUGCGGACCAUUGGCGAUACGUCGCCCCUAGACGGUGGCUUACCCACUUUUGCCGUCCCCAAGUUUGGUGAUGUGCAGGACUGGGGCGUUGUGUUGUCCACAGCUGCGAGUAUCAUGGCUGUCGGGCUCUUUGAGUCGCUGAUGACGUUGCAGUCUGUCGUUGACUUGAAGAAGGAGCAACUAUCGCAGACUGCCACACGCAAGGAAUGUAUCGCACAGGGCAUCGGCAACGUGUUGUGUGGAUUCUUCUCGGGCAUGGGAGGCUGCUCAAUGAUUGCGCAGUCCAAUGGCAACAUCUUGAACGGCGCGCGUUAUCGUCUGUCGUCGUCUAUGGGCGGCAUCUGCACGUUCCUGGUUGUGUUUUUCGCCAGUUCCGUGAUUGAGCGUGUCCCUGUGGCUUGCCUGACUGGAAUUCUGUUCGUGAUCGUCAUUCACACGUUCUACUGGCCAUCGCUCAAGCUCAUUUUCCGUAUUAAGCUCACUGAUUCCAUUGCCAUUAUCCUCGUGACGGUGCUCGCUGCUGCCAUGAAUCUGGCUAUCGCUGUCAUUGUGGGAGUUGUCUGGCAGUGCCUGGUCAAUGGUUGGCAGAGCGGCCAUUUGCUCACAUUCCACACGGGUAUGGAGGUCGUUCCUGUUGUCAACGCGCACGACCGCAGUACUGACCACGAGCUUCUUACGAGCCACCACGAGGAGGCGAAGAUCUACUACGUGAAGGGCCAACUUCUCUUUUCUUCGGUGGCUUCCUUCCGUGAGUUCUUCGAUGUUCAACACGACCCGAACGUUGUUAUCCUGGACAUGCGUGACUGUAUUUUCGCUGACUUCUCGGCUGUCGAGGCGCUGCGUGAGGCUGCGAUGAGAUACCGUGAUGCCGGUAAGACGCUCGUGGCUCGUAGUCUUGAUCCCAAAUCGCUGGAUCUGCUGCACCACGACUUCGGUUGGGAUUUGGUCGAGCACAUUCAGAUCGCGACACCGGGAACGGCUACCAAUGGUGACGAACUGGCCAAGAGCAAGAUCGACAAGGAGCGCACUUCUCGCUACUCACGCGCCUCGCGGGCGUCUCAGGGUUCGCUGCACCAGCUUCACAUCCCUUCGCCUUGCGAGAAUAACACGCCGUAUCGCGCUGCCGGGCCGUAA